AUGUUUCUGGCUGCCAUACUAUAUCCCCUGAUCAAUAUUCUCUGGGCACUGCUGCCACUCUUGCGCUCGGCCCGGCCCUCGAAUCGACUGCCACUGCUGGAUAGUAUCUCCCAGUUCGAGGUCCAUUCGCUGCCCGGCGCACCACCUUCCUCUCUUCCUACCAGUUGGGCUGGCCGGAUUCCUGUUCCAGAUGCGAAACCCGGCAAUGCGCUGUUUUUCUGGCUCUUCCAGGCCGAAGACCCUGCGUACGAUGAUAACCUCAUCAUAUGGUUCAAUGGCGGGCCUGGAUGUUCGUCCCUGAUCGGACUUAUGUCCGGCAAUGGGCCUCUCGCCUUUGUGGGCAACUCCACCGAACUCAUAGGCAAUCCGUAUUCCUGGACGCGACUGGGCCAUGUUCUGUAUAUCGACCAGCCCGUCGGAACGGGACUCUCGACGGCGAGUGAGCCCUAUCCUCUGUCCGACAAUGAGGGAGUGACAGCCUACCUCUACGCGUGGCUGCAGUCGUUCUUCGUCUAUUUCCCCCAGCUUCGAGCCAAGCAGAUCCACCUCAUGGGCGAGUCCUACGCGGGGAUAUACAUUCCCUACCUCGCCGCCACUAUCGAGCACCACCAGGCCUCGUUUCCGCUGAAUCUCCGCUCUCUGUCCCUGGGCGAUGCGACCUUUGGCCAUGCCAUCGCCAUGUCCACCAUCCCCGCCGUAGCAUACCUGCGCUCCCAGCAAUCACGUCUCCAGAUCCCACCCGAUAUCCUGGAUGCAUUCAUCGAAGCCGACUCCAUCUGUGGCUUCGACCGAGUACUGGAGCAAGCCGCACGAUAUCCCCCCGCGGGACCCAUCACCAUCCCCGACGCUGCCGAGGACGAUAACGAGACCGACCAGCAAACAUGCAGCAGUGACACAACAGCAGCAGCAGCAGCAGCAGCAGCAGCAAUAGCAAUGCAACAGUCUCUAACCACCCCGGAAGGGAUCCUCUCUGCCAUCCUCAACUCCACCACCUGCGACGGUUCUUGCGCGACAUUCUCCACAGCCUCGAGAUACCUCUCUUCCUCUACCACCACCACCUCGCAACCCCACAACACCAGCAAUACCCUCCAUCAUCAAUGUUUCGACGUGUACGACAUCACAAACAACUGUACCACCAUCGACCCCCUGCCCCUCCUAUCCUCAUAUUUCAGCCGACCCGACCCCCCACCCCCACCCCCCCAUCAUCCCGGCUCUCAGACCCCAAGAACAUACCUCCCCUGCAACGACACCAUCCGCACCCUCAUCCUCCGGGAUGGCCAACUCCCCGCCCCACCAGCAGACACCCUCCUCCCCACCCUCCUCAACACCCACCGGGAGCUGGCCCUGCAUAUCUACGCCGGGGACAGCGAUUUCCUGCUCAAUCAUUAUGGGAUUGAGCUGGCCCUGCAGAAUAUGACCUGGCGCGGGGGAAGGGGCUUCGAGCGGUCGUUCGCGGAUCGGUAUUUUUAUGUAGAUGAGAAGGGGUGGUUGCGUGAUACGAUUCCUUCCUCUUCCUCCUCCUCCUCCUCCUCCUCAACUGGGGGUUCAGCACAAGCAGCACAAGCAGCACAAGCCGCACAACCAGCAGGGCUCUGGACCUCCUCCCGAGGAGUCACAUACCACCUCUUCUGGGACGCGGGCCAUGCGGUGUUUGCUAAGAAACCGCGGGAGAUGUUUGCUUUUGUGAGGGCGGUGGUU